AUGCAGACUCGACGGCGCGACAUUGCUUCGUUGCUGGACGAGAACAAGCGACUUCGCGUGCAGUUGAAGAGAUAUGGUAUGGCUCGGCAAGAGGCGGAGAGGCAGGUCGUUGAGCUUCAAGCCUACGCACACCGAGCAGAAACGUCGAUGGCGCAGCAGCUUCGACUAAAGGAGACCGAGUGGAUGGCCGAGUACGACCGCAGUGUGCACGCAUUACUGAAGAUCAUCCAGUACCAUGAGGACGAGAAGGCGCAGCUGAAGGCAGAGGUGGAGCAGUUGAGUGCAACGGCUGCAGUUGCUCCACCCUCGAUCACCAAGAUGACGCGAUCUACUCAGACGGAGACGUUCGAGCCGGCGAAAGUCGCAAUAAGGAGGAACAGCGUGCGUUUUGCAAAGGAGACAGGAGACAUGGCUUUGAAGAAAGAGGAUAAGCCUUUUGUCGACGCAAAGGUGAAGGCCAGUAUUGCGCGUAUGCAGCAACUGUUCGAGCAGCUCCACGUUUCCAGAGAUCCACAUGACAGCAAGUCUGUCAAUCGACCAAAGUCCGUUGGGGAUGAUGACGUUAAAUCAGGGAUAACACAAGUUGACAACGAGCACUGUUCUUUCGAACGAAGCUCCAGGUUCAAAGUUACUGUCCUAGAACGACUAGGAGAGCAUAAGACUGAGACUCGCACAGUACGACGACGAAAGACUGCUGCAAAUACAGCGUGUGAAGAUAGAAAGACUAUUGAAACCCAAACAGACGAAAUUUCGAGCCAAGAGAUGCCCUCGAUAAUACUUCGACAAGACCUGGAGGAGCGCAACCGAUUGCUGCACGAGCGGUUGGCGUCUCAACAGAGAGUAUUGGAUCAGCUGCUGCACACAAAGCUCAAGGACGUAAGUAGCUGCGCGGAGCAGAAUGAUCCCGUGUCUUCCACUCCGUCAUAUAUACCUGGAGAAUUUGCAGGUAACCAUCAGGUUGUUGGGGAGACCAACUGUGAAAACCGGAUACCAACAGAGAUUUCAGCGACGCAUCCAGAUAGCAAUGACGGCAUGAAUAUCGAGUCUGCUGAGAUAACUGAGCGGCGUCCAUUAUCUCCUCCCGCAGCGUGA